AGGGCCGGGGCCGGGGAAUGGCGCACACCGAGCUCGGGGAGCGGCGCCGGGGCCGCCGCGCUGGCAGGAGCGCAGUGCCGACCCGGCCUAAACCGCUACCGGGGCGGGCAGGGGACGAGUCUAACGGAGCGAGCGGGGAGCUCCGGGGCCUGGUUCCGUCCCGUUCCGUUACUUCAGUGACGGCCGGAGGUUUAACCGGAGAUCCACGGGGAUCAAAGCCCCGCGGCAGCAGAACCGGAGCGACGCGCGGCAGUGAUUGGAGGAGGAUGCUGUAGCCAUCACAGCACUGGCCAGAAUCUUGAAGCACCUGCAUUUUUUUCCCUGCUCUGCCACAUAAUCCCUCAGUGAAGCUGGGAUAAAUGGGUAUAUAUGACUUUUCCCCUGAUCGAAAGUGGUUCCAUGUCUUGUUUGGACUGUUCCUGUAUCCUGCGCACCCCAGUUGAACCCAUCAGCCCAGAAGAGCUAUCUCAGAGCAGCAUCCAUGAAUGCCUGGCUGAUUCUGAUCUAUCCUGGAUUCCCCCAUCUACAGGAAGGAAUGACGUGUUAUUUUGCUCUUCUAAUGUCUCUCACUAUGAACUCCAGCUGGAAAUAGGAAGGAGGUUCAACAAUUUAACUUCAGUCUACCUUGCACGGCAUACACCGACAGGCGCGCAAGUCGCUGUAAGGAUCACAGACCUGGAAAAUUGCUCUGAAGAGCACUUGAAAGCCUUACAGAAUGAGGUGGUUUUAUCCCACUUUUUCCAGCAUCCCAACAUAAUGACGAUUUGGACAGUGUUCACAGCUGGUAGUUGGCUUUGGGUCAUCUCCCCGUUCAUGGCCUAUGGUUCGGCUAGACAGCUGCUGAAGACAUACUUUCCUGAAGGAAUGAGCGAAGCUUUGAUAGGGAACAUUCUGUUUGGUGCAAUCAGAGGAUUAAAUUACAUGCACCAGAACGGCUAUAUUCACAGGAAUAUUAAAGCUAGCCACAUUCUGAUUUCAGGGGAUGGGCUGGUUUCUCUCUCUGGCUUAAACAACCUCUACAGCUUAGUUAACAAUGGACAAAAGUCAAAGGUGGUAUAUGAUUUCCCCCAGUUUAGUACGUCCGUGCUUCCUUGGCUGAGUCCUGAGCUACUGAGACAGGACUUGUCUGGAUAUAACAUGAAGUCUGACAUUUACAGCGUGGGGAUUACAGCAUGUGAACUGGCCAACGGACACGUGCCAUUUCAAGAUAUGCCACGCACUCAGAUGCUGCUGCAGAAGCUGAAAGGUCUCACGUAUUGUCCGUGGGACAUAAAUACCUUUCCCCGUGGGGAAUCCAGGAUGAAGAACUCCCGAUCAGGUGUUGAUUCUGGGAUCGAUGAGAGCAUGACACGCACAAUGACCAGUGAAAGACUACAGAUUCCCUUUUCCAAAACGUUUUCACCUGCUUUCCACAACUUGGUAGAGCUUUGCUUGCAACAAGACCCUGAGAAAAGGCCAUCAGCAAGCAGUUUGCUUUCGCAUACGUUCUUCAAACAGAUAAAAGAACAAACACAGAAUUCACUACUGUCUCUAUUACCACCUCCUAUUCAAAAUAACAGAUCAGAGUUUUUGGCACUGCCCUCGACAGCAGCUGGGACUGAACUUGGACGUAUUGCUGCAAGGCAAGCUGAUACAGACUGGGAAUUCUAAAUAAAUACCAAACAAUUAUACCUCUCCUAUGCUUCAAAGAAGGAAAAUGUGAUUUGUAUUUGCUGCUUUAGUUUGUAUGGUUAAAAUACAAUUAGACAAAGGUAUACUUGAAAAUGCCAUCGCAGUGGCCAGAUUUCAUUAACUACUUCUUCAGCUGGAUCACGGAGCGCAGCGUGCCUCACUUUCUGACCACAAGGAAAACUGUAUAUACAGAGUGGCUGAAUACUUAGUUCCUUCCCUCCAAAUAUUUCUUAGCAAGAGUGUUCCUGCUGUCAUCUUACUCUAUGCUCUGUUUUCAGCUCACAUUGCUGCAGUCCAUGUGCCUUUCCGAUUUCAGGCUUGGGUUUUGUCUGCGACCUGACUUAAACCAUCUAUUUGUCUUUUCAUUAUCACCCCAAUUAUUUUAGUAAGGAGAAAUCCUCCACUUCCAUGUCUAAAUUUGAAGCUGCACAAAUUAGUUGCUUAUGCAAAUGACUGUUUCUCUUUUCACACAUCCCAAAAGGCAUCUUCUCACUCGACAUGCUGUCAUUUUUCAUGCAGUUUUAAUACUGCGUGUUUCCCGAAGAAGUUAAGCUGCUUGAAAAUGUGAGAUAUACUCUUGCAUUUGUCUACAUUCCUAGUACAAAUUUGUGCUUUCGCAUCUCCAUUUAUUAUUGCACCAUCUUAGCAAGUAAUCUGAGGACCUCUUACUAUGCAAAGUAAGUCUCAAGUUAUAACAGGUACGGGUUAAUUUUGAAGAAUCAUAUUCUAAAGUUACUGUACAUAUUUUUAUUUAUACUGUAUUGCUGUUCACCACAAGAACUUAAUAAUGUUUUCUUAAAAGAACAGGCAACGUGCAUUAAGCUUCACUGGCACUGCUGCUGGCAAACAAGCCACACUUGAAUUCUCAUGGACAGAUUCAGCCAUAACAAGAACCUAAUCAACCCCUGGGAUCCUGGUGAAUUUACCUGUUCUAUGUUACAUGAAAACCUGCCUUUCUUCUCCCUACAAUUCAUCUCUCAUACUGUACCAGGCAACUCAAGCUGAAGAAAAGCAGCUUCUUUUUCAAAUUGGCUGCAUAUUCUCAUCACGUUUUAGCAAAAGUUGUGUCCCAAAGCCGCUAGUGCUUUACUGAUGUAAGUUCUGGUUGUAGUAAAAAAAAAUGUAUAAAUAGAUGUUGAAUGGCUGCGUUUUAAAUUUUCAAUAUAAUCAACAUUCCACAUUAAGUCUUCGAGGCUUCUGAACCCGUUAGUAACCAACUGCUCCUGUUCUGCCAGCAGCUUCACUACAGAGACUUGAAGACCAAAUGAGCAAAACACAAGCCUGAGACAAACGUAAAAUUCUAAAUGGCCACAUUAAAGUAUUAACAGAAAGUUGAUUCUACUCAUCAUGCUGUGAAGAGAGCUCUAUAUUUCAAAACCAAAUACGUGACACUUAAGAUUAAAAACCUUUCAAUAAACUUA